AUGCCACCACCUGGACAUGAGCGGGCCCAGCGAGAUCUCAAGAUUCCUCACCACUCUCCAGCCUCACGCACACGUGAAGAAACUGAGAGCAAAGGCUCGAACUCUUCAAAAACGUUAGACGGAGACGAUACCAAGUCUCUGAGAUUUGUGGUUGACCGUAAAGGCGACCGUCGAAAUCUCGAAUAUGGUGCUCCUGAUCGUUACGCCGUACCACAAUAUUAUUCAGCAGGACAUGGUUCUGUCCUUGGCCUCUCUCAAAAGUAUCGAAUCUCUUCAGACUCGAAUGGCCGGAAGUAUGUUGCAGAUCUUGAUCUUGAUACCGUCCGAAGAUCUCGAAAACAGUCUUUGCUGGCAUCUAGACCCACGGAGAAUGAGCAAAGGAUCAUACUUCCAGACUCGUCGGUUAGCUGGCAUGAUGCCGAAAAGGAUUAUAUACCCUUCCAGCAUGUACGAGAAAGAAGACGGAGUCGAACGCUGAAUACAUUGCGAGACUCAUCCUCUGAAGGAGGAGAAUCUGACGAUUCAAACCCUAAAUCAAUGGCGAAACCGAUACAAGCUGAUGUUUUUGACGCCUUCAAAAAUGAUCCGAUUCAUCGAAGACAUCUACAGCUUUUGAAAGGCACAAAAGAACGCCCUGAGAAUGCACAGGCGUGGCUCGACUUGAUCAACCAUCAAGAGACCUCUUUUGAGAAUGAAGCGAAUAUUGAGCUGCUAGGUUCGGCCACGUCUCGAAGUGUAGCUGACCUCAAGAUAAGCCUUUACGAAAAGGCCUUGCAUCAUGUCAAAGAGCAGAACGCAAGGACAGUUUUGACUCUCGGCUUAAUGCAUGAAGGCAAGAAUGUAUGGGAUUCUCAAACGCAACAUUCUCAAUGGGAGACAGUCCUUAAAAGCAACAAUUCUGUGGAGCUGUGGAAGUCAUUUUUGAACUUCAAACAGACAAGCGUCCUGGACCAUAGUUUCGAGGAAUGUAUGAAGGCUUACAAGCGCUCUUUACAAGUCGCGCAGGCUAUCGACGCUGGUAGAGUGAGGGAUGCACAUUGCAUCUAUAUCAUAUUACGGCUGUCAUCAUAUCUUUGGCAGCUUGAUAUGACCGAGCUUGCAAUUGGUCUCUGGCAAGCUCUCCUUGAGCUCAAUUUCUGUAGCCCACCCGACCAUUCCCCAGAUCAGCUUUUGUCGCUAUACGAAGAUUUCUGGGACAGUGAGCAUUCUCGACUUGGCGACGAAGGGGCGAAUGGUUGGGGGUCGGGCAGCAAGACUGAGGUUGUGCAAAAGGCUGACCAGAAGCCAGAGGUUAAACAUGACAUGGAUUUAAAUACCUGGGCGCAUAUUGAAACCAGAUUAUUACGCGACUCCGGCCUACCUGCAAGAUCGCUGGACGAGACAGAUGACAUGGACCCCUAUCGAGUUGUACUGUUCUCUGACAUUCAGGAAUAUUUAUUCUUGUCCACGACAGGAACAGGCGCCCAAUUACUCUUGGAUGCAUUUCUAUUGUUCUGUGGUCUCGAUCCAGUCUCCUCGCUGCCCGAAACAGGGAAAUGGCAAACAGAUUCAUUUCUUUUCAACCACUUCCCUAGUUCCAAAUCCUCUCGAUUGUCACCUUUACUCAUGGCCGAUGAAGUCGUACCAUCGAAUACCCAGUCAGGCGUUCUCGAGCCGCACGUGUCGAAGAUAAGUCCUUACGUAGGCCUAGUUGCGACAGCGGACUCCCCGAUUGGCAUUUACCCCGAGUUCAUCCAUCGCUUGCUACUUCAGCUCACGAUGUUUGCCCAUGGAUUGACUUCCAAGGACAUAUUAAUGCAAUACAUUUUAAGUAUUGAGGCCAAGACGAAUCCAAAGUCGACCCGGAAGCAAGCAAAGGCGUUCUUAAAGUCGCAGCCUGAGAGUUUGCGACUGUACAACGCCUUUGCUUUAGUAGAAUGUCAGUUAGGCAACUUGGAAUCGGCAGAGAGGAUUUGGACAACUUCAUUAUCGAUGCAGGCAUCCUUCCAAGACGUGGAAGAUAAUGCCAUUUUCCCUAUGUGGCGUGACUGGGCGUGGAGCUAUAUGGUCCAGAAGCUUUUCCAAAGAGCCAGAUCAUUACUGACGGCGAUGCCAAGGGGCCAGGUAUCUCUGCUUGACGUACGAAAUGCAGAGCCAGGCUCAACAAUUACAGCCCGGAUAAAAGCAGAGAGGUUUAUCUCGUUGAAGCUUGAAUCUUGCAUCACCAAUGAAGGGGUCAAUGAUCUUGUAGCGCUGACUGACUUACUGGCUUUCUACAAAUAUUUGAAUGACGGCUGUGGAUUGGACAAGGCCCUGGAAGUCUACACUAAUCAAUUGGCAUCGAUUGAAAGAAUUUCUCCGGAGUGGAAAGAAGACGUUGUGGAGAUGAUCCACGAACGCCUUGCUGAAUUUCUACACGCCCACGCCACGACUUUCGGCAGGCCAUUCAAGCCCAAGCAAAUGAUGGCCGUUAUUGGAAACUCGGUCAAUCUGUUCCCCAACAAUUUCCUGUUACGAUGGAAACAGCAUCUACUUGGUCAACAAGCUGGGGUCUUGGAUCGACUACGGGAAUUGAAUAUGAAUGGGCAUGUUCAGAAGAACUUUGACUUCGAGGAUCUCAGCGUCGCCCCAAUCUGCCUGAAUCUAUCCAUCGAGCUAGCGCGCCCGUCUUAUUCAGGUAGCACUAAUCAUAGCAUUCGAGCUGCCUUUCAACGAGCUACAGCACCGGGUUCAAAUGGCAUUUAUUGUGUCAAUCUCUGGAAAGCAUACAUUUUAUGGGAGCUUUCAGUGGCUCAAAUGAGCUAUGGUGUGUCUGGGAAGGCCGCAGGAAAGGCAAAGAAAGCGGCGAAUAAUGUGAAAGAGGCUUUCCACGCUGCCAUACACGCUUGUCCUUGGACGAAAGAGAUCUACAUGAUGGCUUUCAAAGAGAGCUUGCUGGGUUCCUUGCUCGGUGACGCUGAGUUGAAACAACUAUACCACAGCAUGGUUGAGCGGGGUUUACGUGUCCGUCUAGAUAUCAGCGACAAUGUGAUAUAG